AUGUUGGUCUACAUGUCUCAGUACGUCGAUGAGCAUUCUGCAGCACCAUCUGCGGUCUCGAUCAAGUCUCCGCCAAAGCCGGCCUCCUCAAAGUCGAGAAAGGACAAGAUCAAUUUUGUCUCCAAGGCUAGCCUCGCCAUGUUUGAUCCUCGUCUCGCCAUGGGCAUCGACGCUGGCAGCGACUGGUACGAGCCCGACUCUCACGUCUCUGUAUCCUCAUCUUCGUUGGGUCAUGCUGCGCACGACUGCAUCGCUCGUCACAGCGAGGACAACGCACGCGCUCACCACUGGAACACUAGCCCAACGCCCGAACUCGAAGCAUUCGCUGCUGCCUCCAUCGACGACUACUCAUACUCUUCCUCGAGCGCACAUGCCAACGUCGACAUGGCCCGACAGCCUUCCGCUUCCUCCUCCGUGUUUGAGGACGACCGCGACGUUCCCGAAACUUCCUCUCGAAGGCGCUUCCUCUCACGCAAGAGCGUCGCUCCAGCUAGUACAGCGAUUCCCCCCAACGACAUGCUAUUUUCUCCUCUCGAGACCAAAUCCAAGUCCAACCGCGGCGCCACCGCUGCUUCCACUUCAAGUGCCUCGUCCUUUUCCCGCUUCUUUUCACGCAGGAAAAAGGACAAGGCUCCUCAUCUUGCAGGCCUAGCAUCCAGGUCCACGCCUGAUCUCUUCGAUGGUGUUCCUCAAAGCGCUCCACCCACCACCAUGACCUUCGAGCAGUCGGGCUUCACUUUCUCGCCCCCGCGUAAUACCUCGGACAGCUCCAGCCUUGAUGAUUCUCCCUCUUCCCUGCCAACCAGCCCCGAGCAUCAACCUAUCCUUCUGCUCAAAGAAUUCAAUCCGGUUCGCACCUCGCCAUUGAACGCCAAGCAGAGCAUGCCUGCCCUUCGUCAGAUUCGCGAAGCACACAAUGCUGCAGGUGCUUGCCAGCCCAGGUCCAUCGCCUUUGCCAGCCCUGAAACGAGGCUACGAUCAGUCGCAGCCGCCAUAAGCGAUUCUUUUGACACUGCGCCUGCACUUCCGCCUCUGCCCAGCUUCGACUCUUGUUCGCCCAUGAUCCCGCCCGAAUUUGCUUGGGACUCGAAGCGUACCAUGGCGCACGAAAGCAGGAUGACAUCCACUGCAUCCAACGCUCGACCUGUCAGCCGCGUUGUGUCCAGCACCGGUCGCGGUGUGCCCAGUCCUAGUCUCAAUCCGAUCCGUCUGAACGACUCUCGCAAGUCUGUUGCUCUACCUCGUAGCGAGGCCGCUGUUCGUUUCGCCGGCAAUGUCAAGCCAGCUCCCGUCAAAUCCACUGUUACGAGACCGGCUGCCGAGCCAACACGAGCCGAUAAGAGACUCUCGAUGACGCAAAGCGUGGUGGACGGUCUCCUCGACCAAAAUCACGGCCGCGAAGAGCCCGAAAUGCGCACGCGUAGGACCGACAUGGAAGUGCGUUCGGCACGAAGGAGGAGCCGCAGCGUCGACAGUCGUACACUACCUUGCUUGACGCAGAACCACGUCGUCAGCCCUCCGAGCUCGAAGAGCCAUUCCGACUCCGUCUUCCCAGCCUUUGUUCGCCACGCACCCGUCUCCCCCGGAAGAGCCAACAGCCCGCAUUCUCACUUGUCUGCUGAAGCUGAGUCAGCUAACGCCGUCACACCCACACCCAGGCAGCGAUCCUCAUUCAAGACUCCCACUUCAGCCUCGCCAAGCAUGCCUCCUGCUCACAGCGCGGUGCGUGACCAGUCUCCCUCCAGCAGAAGUCCACAGCGACAGGCUUCUGGUGAGACGCAUCAGGCGAGGCGUGUCAACUUUGCAGGUCAGCGUGUCAAGGCCGUUGCUGUUGCAAGCCCUCUUUUGCUCUCCAAGAGUCCGCGCCUGGGAGGCCGCAGUGGCGCCUCGCUGCCUGUCGUCAACAUCAUGCCUCCUACGCCUGAUCUGACCGGAACCGAGCAAGAUCAGGAGCAUCAGCAAGCUGUGCUUCAGCAACAGCCACGCCAGAACACUGUUGUUCAGCAGACAGUGGCACAAGCGUCUGUGGUAGCUGCUGUCCCAUCGUCGAAUUUCACCAAGGUGGUCACAUCCGGCUCAUCACAAAACAAGGCACAGACCGCACCGGUUGAACGCACUCUUCCCUCUCGACAGGGAGCAACGACACCAACACCAAAGCAUGUCGCUGCGGCUCCCGUCAAGCCUGUGCAACCUGCUCCAGUCACGGUGAUGAGUCCGAAGAGCGUCUACUCGCCUGUUUCUGUCUACUCGCCCGAAACGGGCGACAGAAUGAUGUCUUUUCUUCACGGCGUCCUCACUGGAGACGAGGAUGACAUGAGCAAGGAGGAGAUGCAAAUCACCGCCGACUCGGUAGCAGCCGAGAUGAGCUAUAUCAGCAUCACUCGCAACGACAGUGUCACGAGCGAACUGUCCGAGGCCAGCAGCGCGCGCAGUAGCUGCUCGGGCGCAUUUGCUUUCUCGCGAAGCAUGUCGAACGCUUCGCUCGUUAGCGGUGGCACCUUUAGCUCUGCUUCGAGCAAUGCCUCGGAGAGCCCCGAGCGUAGGAUGCGCUCCUUGUUCAGUAAAACGUCGUUCGACUUUUCGCCCACCAAGAUGUCCAGCUGCGCAUCACUCGCUUCCACCGCCGGAAGCGACGUCUUGGAAAUGGUAGACAAACUGCAAACCUCGACGACAGCCAAAGCCGAUCCAUCUGAAGCUUGGAUAUCGGACAAACUGAAAAUGCCUUUUCAGCUCAAACGUCUUUCGGUGGAUGCUGAUUCAGCCAGUCCCGCAGCAGCUGACUCGAGUGACUGCGAAACACCGACGCUUGCGUCUUGCCGUCAGAUGGAUGCUGCUAGUGUGCAACCACGUGACAAGGCGCAGCAGGACCGAAUCAAAGCAAACAGGCAGCUUGGUCUGAGCAUGGACCUUAAUGAUCUGGCUCAAGAGCUCGGUCUCGGGCGUCUCAGCCAACUUGGCCUCUCUCACCUCAAGGGUGUCGAGUCGCUUGCACAAGUGCCUGGAGGCGAGCCGAGCAUCAUGCCAGAUGUCGCUAAAAAGAUGCAGCCUAUCAAGCCGCCCAAGUCUUCUGCUCGUGCUGCGGCGACUGCUGCCGUCGGCGGAGGUGCUGCAGCACCGCAUUUUGGGAUGGGUAUGAAAGACAUCGCAUCGUCUGCCGCCAUGUCGCCGCUGCCAGUGUCGAUCGCCGGUCGAUCGCCACAGACUCCUCCUCGCAAGCAGCUGCCACAGGUCGAACCAGCAGCAGGGUGCAAGGUAUCCGCAUCGGGCGUCCCCAAAUCUGACGGCGGCUUUGGACUUGGACUCAAGUUUUUCGAAUCCCCCUCACCCCAGUCUGAACCAAGUAAAGCUGCCAUCGCACCUACAAGGUACGGCCAGCACGUCUUGGAGCAGUCGCACACCGUCCCUACCCAGCUUCUCGAGCAACAACAAGCCCUUUCUUAUCACUAUGAACAACACGACGAGGUAGACUGGGUCGGCGUCGCCAUGUGA